CUUCCUCAAUCCCCACCGAUCCCCAGUCACGGCGGCGCGUUGCACAAUCAAAGACGGCCGAGCUCCGAGCUUUUACUUGUAUUACUCGCGAGAAGAGAUUUUUCUUCUUUCCGAGCGAGUUAUCAGCGGCGGAGGAAGGAUUUUACUUCCCUCUCUUCUUCCCUGUUGCGUCUUUGUUCAGAGUUGUGCGUUUUUCUCCGUUGACUACUCGAUCGUCUCGGGUCGGCGCUUAGAAGUUAGGAUGCAGAUGUUCAGGUGGGGCUUCAGGAGUUUGUGUCGGUCGAGGACAGCGGGAUCCGGCGUAUAUUCUUUUAAUGGAUUCCUGCCCGUGGCUUCUCGCGGGGCUCAUUUGGGUCGGAAACCUGCCGAGGUGCCCUCAAAGGUACAGGAUUUUAGAGAAUAUCAUUUUCAGAGUUCACGUGGCGUACAUGACAUCAGAUAUCAGAUUGAUCAAGACAGAAAAUCUGCAGCUGAGGAAUCAGUGGACCCCUUUGCCUUAGUUUCUGAUGAACUCUCAAUUAUCGGAAACAGGUUACGGUCAAUGGUGGUUAGUGAGGUCCCCAAGCUGGCAUCAGCUGCUGAAUAUUUCUUCAAAAUAGGAGCUGAAGGGAAAAGAUUUCGACCUACAGUAUUGCUAUUGAUGGCUUCAGCUCUGAGUAUGCCUACACCUGAAUCAGUUGCUGCAGAAGUUGCUAGUAGUUUCGAAAAGAAUAUGCGCACUAGGCAGCAGUGUAUUGCCGAAAUAACUGAAAUGAUUCAUGUUGCAAGCCUUCUCCAUGAUGACGUCUUAGAUGAUGCCGAUACAAGACGUGGUAUUGGUUCACUGAACUUUGUAAUGGGCAACAAGCUUUCUGUGCUUGCUGGAGAUUUUUUACUUUCUAGAGCUUGUGUUGCCCUUGCAUCGCUAAAGAAUACAGAGGUUGUAUCAUUAUUGGCCACUGUUGUUGAACAUCUGGUCACUGGUGAAACAAUGCAAAUGUCAGCUAAUGCUGAGCAACGUCACAGCAUGGAGUAUUACAUGUUGAAGACAUACUACAAGACAGCUUCAUUGAUCUCAAACAGUUGCAAAGCCAUUGCUUUGCUAGCAGGACAAACUACAGAAGUGGCAAUGCAUGCAUAUAAUUAUGGGCGAAAUCUAGGUUUAGCAUUCCAACUCAUAGAUGAUGUGCUUGAUUUCACUGGCACUACAACUUCACUUGGGAAGGGAUCCUUAUCUGACAUUCGACAUGGAAUCAUUACAGCUCCAAUACUUUUUGCAAAAGAAGAGUUCCCAGAGCUGCAAUCAAUUAUUGACAAGGGAUUUAGCAAUCCAGCAAAUGUGGAGGCCGCACUCGACUAUCUCGGAAAAAGCAAAGGAAUUGAGAGGACACGAGCACUUGCAGUUGAACAUGCCAACUCUGCAAUCGAAGCAAUCAAUGCCCUUCCCAAAAGCGACGAUGAGGCCGUCAUAACUUCAAGACGUGCGCUCGUUGAUCUAACUCACAAGGUGAUCAAUCGAACGAAGUGAAGCUGCAUCGCAAGCCAGAGAAACCACCUAUAAAUGUACCUAUAAGUUAUAGGAAUUGUCCAACAUUUUGUUUAUUCCAAAUUUUCUUGCUAGCUAAAAUGAGAGUUGCCUAUUGUACCAUUGACUGAAUAAUUCAUAUGAUACAACAUUAAUUGGGUCUUUAGUACCUAUAAGUUAUAGGAAUUGUCCAACAUUUUGUUUAUUCCAAAUUUUCUUGCUAGCUAAAAGGAAAGUUGCCUAGUGUACCAUUGACAGAAUAAUUCAUAUGAUACAACAUUAAUUGGGUCUUUAGAUUACAUUUAUUUCUA